GUGUCAACAUUCGGGGCUGUCAAGCUCUCCACACGAUCCUUUACCGAUUGAACGUUUGUGGAUACUACGGAGGUGCUGUCGCUGCUAGUUCCUUGUACCACACACUCUAUCCAUCAUGGCACAACCAACGCUCGUCUUCAAUUACGACAUCUCCUGCCCGUUUGCCUACAUCGCCUCAACGCGCGUCAGAGCACUCGCCGAACGCACGAACGCUCGACUCAUCUAUCGCCCCGUCCUUCUUGGUGCAAUCUAUCGCGCGACGGCUGCCCCACAAGGUGCAGCAGGGUCAGCCAGCGAUGUUUUCAAUCCAACCAAGAAGGCUGUAACGGCGCAAGGGAUGCAAAGGACCUUAAAGAGAUACAAGAUCAAGUAUAACCCACCACCUCAGCAUCCAAGGAAGUCAGUUAACGCUUUGCGACUCUUGUAUUGUGUCCCGGAUGGUGAAGAGCGCCGAGCCUUAACUGAAAAGCUGUUUGCAGCUUACUGGGUGGAGAACCAAGACGUCACUGAUGUCGAAGUACUGUUAGAUAUUGCCAGAAAAAGUGGCAUUGCAAGUGCAUCAACACUCGGUGACAGUAGCUUUGCCAAUGCACAAGCCAGAAAGGAGCUUGAAACCGCGACUGCCGAAGCGAUUGACAGAGGCGCAUUCGGCGUACCAGGCUUCUGGAUUCCCGAUGCUAAAUGGACAGAUGUGGCCGGUAACACCAAGAUAGGUCGCUUCUUUUGGGGCCAAGACCGCAUCCAUUUUGUUGAAGCCACCCUACUGUCACUCCGCAAUAAUAGUCAAUGGAGUGACCUUCCAGGUCUAGCCACUCUAAUGCCUCGCUGUAUCUCUUACAGCGGGCAAAGACUGACCCAGAAAGUCAAGCUGGAGUUCUGGUAUGAUUUCAGCAGUCCAUGGGCUUUCCUCGGCUAUACUCAGCUCGCAAGAUUGAGACGAACGUUUGGCACAAACCUUGAGAUUGUCAUGAAGCCCUUCUUACUUGGAAUUCUGUUCCGUGAGAUUGGUGCACCAAAUAUGCCUAUGCUGGCUGUGAGUCCUACCAAAUCUGCAUGGUCAAAGCAGGAUCACGCGGACUGGACAGCUUAUUGGAACGCUGUCAGUGUCUCGGAAGGGGCCAUCGAUAAGCCGAUUGCUUUUCACUGGGCAGAUGUUUUCCCGAUCCGCACACCAACAGUCCUUCGAGUGGCUAUCGUGGAACCCUCAACAGUACCUCUGUUAUAUUCGGCGUGUUGGGAGCAGAACGCCAAUGUGUCGGAUGAUAAAGUACUCAUCAGUGUGCUUGACAAAGCCGGUUACAAUGGGACCGACCUGCUGGAAAAGGCCAAUAGUCCUGCUAUCAAGGCGAAGCUACGUGAAAAUACUGCGGAGGCAAAGGCAGCUGGCAUCUGCGGUGUUCCUACGUACCGUGUGUCGCGGCAAAAUAACGACGGACAAUGGAAAUCGUCUGGUGGAUUGGUCUGGGGCCAGGAUGAGACUAACGUCGUCGAAGAUCUCAUCGCUGGCUGGGAUCCUGAACGGCCAUCUGGCGUUGCAGAGCCGCGAAAGGGAAUCACUAUUGGAUCACCAUCGGCCAGACUGUGAGGGCUAAGACUCCCAAAUCAUUUCGACAUCCACAGAAGCGGAUUAUGCACUUAAGAAUGUAUCUUGGCUCAUAUGUGCCUGGUUGCUGAUAAUGCGACUGUCUAAAAGUACCAAUCUUCGCGACGGCAAAUUCGACUCGCAGUCACCCUGGGGCUCCUUACACAGCUCCGGCGACAGAGUACCCCAGC